AUGUCUCACAAGCUCGCACCGAUUAUCUGCCCAUCAAUUCUCAGCGCUGAUUUUGCAACGUUAGCUGCUGAUUCUAACAAAAUGCUUGAAUUAGGAGCAACAUGGCUUCAUGUCGAUGUAAUGGAUGGACAUUUUGUAAAUAAUAUUACCAUAGGUCCACCCGUCGUAAAAUCACUCCGAAAACACACGAAAGGAUUUCUUGAUUGUCAUCUCAUGGUUUCUCAUCCAUCCAAAUGGAUCCAUGAUUUUAUUGAAGCAGGUGCUGAUAAUAUUACAUUUCAUUACGAAUCGGAAAAUGGUGAUUUAGCCUCUACACAACACGUACUCUCUCUCAUUCACGAAGAAAACAAGAAACAAGGAAAAGAUUGUAAAGCCUCCAUUGUGGUCAAACCUAAAACACCUGUUGAUGUUUUGUUUCCACUGUUAGAUGUCAACUCCUCUUCUCAUGAAAAUAUUUUCAUGGUUUUAAUUAUGAGUGUAGAGCCAGGAUUUGGAGGACAAGCAUUCAUGUCGGAUCAAAUGGAAAAAGUUCGAGUCUUGCGAGAGAGGUAUCCUUCAUUGAAUAUUCAAGUGGAUGGAGGCAUUACAGAAGAAACUGUUGUGGAAGCUGCAAAAGCUGGUGCCAACGUGGUGGUGAGUGGAUCUGCCAUUUUCAAAUCACCAAAUCCACAACAUACCAUGAGAGUCAUGCGGGAAACCAUACUCCAACACCUCGGCAACAAUCAGUAA